AUGGCGACUGUGCUGGUCCAGCAGCAUCAGCUGCACCAUUCGACCCCUCCCCCUUCUCCCCUCCCAGCAGCGUUGACGGUCAACCGCCGGCCAAGUCCUGUUCCCAACAAACAUAUACCAGUAUGCCCGACGGGUCCAACUCCAUCGACCCCUUCUCAACCACCAUCGCUGGUGGUUCGGUCUGAUCAGCCGUCAUCAUUAUUGUAUCCCCCAGAUGAACGACUCCGCAUUGGACGGGCUCCCUCUCCCGCUGUUUAUGCGAUCGAGGCAUCCAAACUCGCCGCAGCAAUAGAUCACCAGGCGUCGCAACCGUUGCCCGAUCCAUCGCAGAUGUUCCCUUGGCUCCAUGGCCUUCAUCCAGACAACCAUCUACAAAUAGGCUUCUUCCAAAGUCGCAAACGUCACUCACGCCGAUCACCGAAAUGCUGGCGGGGCUUGACGGUGGUCAAACUCGGGGGCGAUCUAUCGAAAUCGCGUAUCAAAGGCGCGGUCAGCCCGAACGAGGUGAUCGCACCGUCCGCCCGGUUCUUGAUGGCCGAUCCACAGGAGGGAUUCUCCGUGCGCAACUUCCAUAUCCAGACGGCCAAGCUGGCUGCCAUGUCCGAUAUUGUCGUGUAUGCCGAAGAUGACAGCAGCCAGGCGGCCCUUGUGGCGCUGGCAGAUCAGUUUGCAACAGCGCAGCAUGCCUGGAGAUUGAAGAUGGAUCCGUUGCAAGAGCGACCCCCGUACAACACUUUUAUUGUUGCCACUCCAUUUGGGGAACUAGAGAAAGAACACCCAGAGAUCAUUGCGGUCGAUUCGAAAGGUCAAUUUACGGACCAAACUAUAGACUUUGGUCAAUGGGAACGACGCGAAAUGUGUACCAUGUCUCGCGCGUCGGAGAUCUCAGCCAAUGUCUGGUUGGGAUCUACCCCGGAAUUCAUGCAACUGUCCGGGGCGCCACUGCCCAAAGAUGAAACCUAUGAUCUGUUAAUCGAAGCAACCGACCAAGCCAACAUUCCCGGUCCUCGUUAUCUAGCCAAGCUUGACAGACAGCUUGAGACUGGUCCUCAGCGCAUGGAGUUCCCAUCAUCCGGAUCUCUGGUCCUCCCCUCAGGCAACACCCGUGAGGUCGAAGAUAUCGUCAACACCAUCCGAUGGAUCUAUUAUCUCGCGCACCCAGAAACCCCAGCAGGUGAGCAUGACAUUGACAACGACGUCGCAAUGGCCAGCUCGAGCGGGAAACAUCGCAAGGUUUUGAUUCACUGUGGAGAUGGAUACACCGAAACCACCUUAUUGGCAGUGGCAUACUUCAUGUUCGCAGAAGGCGUGCCCGCACACGAAGCGUGGCUAAGACUUCAUUGCGAUAAGAAAAGAAACUUCUUCGCCUACCCAACCGAUGUUGCAUUCCUAUCUCAUAUCCAGGGGCGCCUCUUGCAGGAAAGCCCAGUGGCUCAGGCUCAGGCCAAAGACGUCGCAGGAACUUGGGAUCCGAAUUGGUUCCAUAACAUGGACGGCUCUUUCCCUAGCCGCAUCUUGCCAUAUCUCUACCUUGGGAAUUUGACUCACGCCAACAACCCCGAGCUUCUUUGGGAGCUUGGUAUCAGGCGUGUGCUCAGUAUCGGAGAGACUGUCAAUUGGUCUGAUGAGGAUCGUGCCACCUGGGGGCCCGAUAAUUUGAUGUACAUUGACAAUGUGCAGGACAAUGGCAUUGAUCCAUUAUGUCAGGAGUAUGAUCGCUGCUUGGAUUUUAUCGAAAAAAGCAAGCGUGAAGGUACAGCUACAUUGGUUCACUGUCGAGUUGGCGUUUCAAGAUCUGCCAGUAUCUGCAUUGCUGAGGUUAUGGCCUGCAAAAAGCUUUCUUUCCCUAGGGCCUACUGCUAUGUUCGAGCCAGAAGACUGAAUGUCAUCAUCCAACCUCACCUCCGCUUUGUCUACGAACUUCUCCAAUGGGAAGAACACCAAAUGAAAAAACGAAACGAGCGCGUGAAGCGAGAACUCGAAUGGCAAACUGUCACCCGUGAAAUCGCCCUUCUUAACAAACCCUAUUCUAGGAGCUAA